AAGACUUAAUCAAAACAAUAGUGACAAGAUAUUAUACUCCGAUGGAAAUAGAAUUAAAUUAAUGAUGCGAAUAAGGUUUACGAGUCCCCAAAAUAUUACGUGAAUAUAUUUGUGGUGGGGGCGGAGAGUAUUAUGAUACUCGAGUUGACAGCCAACUUAAAAUAGAAUCGUGAAGAUUCCUGAGAAGUGAUCUUUAUUUAGUCUAUAAAUAUUGUGGUAAAACUAUAUUUAAUGACCGCGUAACGUUUCCUCGUUUGUGUGGAAAAAGUUUAACGAGGUGAACCACUACCACAAUUCCUUUACCUUUGAUGACUUUGUGUUAAAUAACAUUUAAAGAUCAUUCUUUAAUCGAGAUUGCUCAUGAAGAGUUGCAAAAUGGUGGAGCAAGUAAAGGCGGCGGCCGCUGCUGCAGCUACGUCGGAGGGCGAAGCAGAUGGGGAACUGUCCCCGUUACCGGUGCCGGGCGGGCAACUGCCGCGGCGAAGAGGUGGCAUCAGCGCCGAGCCAGUCACUGAGGAGGAUGCAACUAGCUACGUCAAGAAGGUGGUGCCAAAAGACUAUAAGACUAUGGGGGCCUUGUCGAGAGCAAUCGCCUCCAACGUGCUAUUUACACACCUAGAUGAAUCCGAACGAGCAGACAUGUUUGAUGCAAUGUUUCCAGUUCAAUGUCUACAAAGCGAAACUGUGAUCCAACAGGGAGACGAAGGAGAUAAUUUUUAUAUUAUUGAUUCUGGGGAAGUAGAGGUACUAGUGAACGGCGAGCCGGUAACUACGAUAGGUGAGGGUGGCAGCUUCGGCGAGUUGGCGCUGAUCUACGGUACACCGCGCGCCGCAACGGUGCGUGCGCGCACGCCUUUGAAGCUGUGGGGCCUCGACCGCGACUCGUACCGCCGAAUCCUCAUGGGCUCCACUAUCAGGAAGCGGCGCAUGUAUGACGAGUUCUUGUCGCGCGUUUCUAUACUUGAAAGCUUAGAGAAGUGGGAGCGGCUCACAGUGGCCGACGCAUUAGAGCCAGUGUCGUUCAACGAUGGUGAGACUAUCGUGCGGCAAGGGGAGCCGGGAAACGACUUUUAUAUCAUUGUUGAAGGCAUGGCGGUAGUUCUGCAACAGCGCGGUGGGGAGGCGGGCGGGGGGGCGCGCGACACGGCUGUGGAGGUGGGACGGCUCGGGCCCUCGGACUACUUCGGCGAGAUCGCGUUACUGUUGGACCGGCCACGCGCAGCCACCGUGCGGGCAGCCGGCCCUCUCAAGUGUGUCAAGCUGGACCGCGCCAGAUUCGAGCGUGUAUUAGGCCUUUGUGCUGACAUUCUGAAGAGAAACAUCGCACAGUACAACAGUUUUGUUUCCCUUUCGGUGUAAGAGACUAUUUCUCCGUUCUUAUUAGAAGAACAUGCCUGUGCCGCCCGCAAGGGUAAGGCACAACAUUUAAACGGCAAAUGAUCGCUAAUACGGUGCCACAAAUCGCAGUGUUGUACGGAUCGCAUAAUCUUAUUUCAUCUUCGAUCAAUAAUGUACGAGAUAUCAAAAUUACAAUAUCUAACAUAAGAUUUGUUCAAAAAUGUUAUUCAACUUAUAAUAUGUAGUUUUCACUCAGAAAUAUAGUAUUAAUAAUAAAACAAAUUAUCAAAUAUAUCUUUGUUAUGGUAAAAGCCCCAAAACAAAAGUAAAUGCAAAUCAUAAUAAACAUUUAUAAAUAAAUUAACGUAUUUUUCAUAAUAAGCAUACAUUGGUUUUCUCACUUGCAAACUAACAAAAAUAGGUUCCCGCAUCGUGGAAAGAUCUUAUUUUCGCAGACUUUACUACUGACAUCAUGCAUAGUAUGUUAUUGAUCGAAGCCACAUGUCGUUAUCACAUGAAUCACGUGACACAUGUAAAUUGAUAAAUCUAAAAAUAGUGCUAUCUCUUUCGAAGGUGACAUGAUAAAAAGGAUAUCAUUGAUUUUAAACCUGCCAAUUUCGAGUUUAGCAUAUUAAAAACUAAUAUAUCUGCUGUGCCACACGUGGCUUAUUACAGUCUCAGUAUUAGAUGGUGUCGCUUUUCGUUUGAUAACUUUGUUUCUUGACGUUUGUUUAUUUUCAUUAUCAAACACGAUUGCUACGUUCGACUAUCCGACAUCUUGGAAAUUGCAAUAAAAUGUACCUAAAUAAAAUAUCUUAAAACUUAUACACAGAGAGUCGUUACAUAAAAACAUGUUUUAGAAUUCAAAGAAUUCUGCUGGGAACCUUAUUAAGAUGUGAAAAUGAAAAAUAUAUCUACUGCCAACUUGCAUUAUGAUAACAAUAUCUAAAUUAUAAUUUCGGUUGUUUAUCCCACACAAAAUUAAAAAGCAUAUUCUAAGUUACACUGUGGUAAAGUCGCUUGUUCGCAAUCUUGUGGGUGCCAUAUAGUAUUAUACAUCAGUGAUUUAAUACAUCAGAGUGCCUGGUGUGGGAUUUUCUAACUAAUAGAUCGCGUGAAAAUUAACUAAUUACGUAUUUUAUGAAAUCGUUAUAUCUAGCGCCAAUAUCACUUAAGGCACUCAGGCAUUUAAUUAAAAAAAGCCAUGAACUGCGAGAGGGAAAAAAUAUCGCAAGUUAUUUCUAACAUUAAGUAAUGACUUAUCCAAUUCGGUGUAAUUUUACACCUUAUGUGCACAAACAUUUUACUUUUAAUGGUUAUAUAUAUUUUAUACGCAAGAACCUAAGGCUCCAGCUAUUGUAAGGUCGCCUGGGCGACCAGAGGUCCUAAGGGGAUGUGAUUAAAACUGAAAGUCCAAAAAUUAUUGAGCGAAAGUCUUUAGGGCUAGUUAACACAAUUGUAUUCUCUUAAAAAUCCAUGCCAUUAUUAAAAAUUCUAAAAAAUAUUAAUUUAUAUAAUAUCAUAGCUAAGUACGCUUAUGUCGUUACAUAUAGUCAGGUACUGCAGACUUAUAAAAUUACUUAAGAUACCUAAUACAAAUAAUAUAUCAGUAAUGAGCAUAACAUAUUAACUUGUUUUUUUAAGUUUCGCUGCAACAGUUAUUAAUU